CACGCCCAUUUGCAGGCGCAAAAGAGAGAAAACGAAAGCAUCUCUCUCUUCCUGGUGAGGCAGCAGCUAUGGCUGCUUCUGGGGGUCCCGUGCAGGAUCUCUGCGAGGAAGCCACUUGCCCCAUCUGCCUGGAGUAUUUCAGGGAUCCGGUGAUCAUCCCGGAGUGCGGGCACAACUUCUGCCGAUCCUGCCUGAUCCAGUGCUGGGGGGAAUCCGAGGGAGAGGCUUCCUGCCCUCAGUGCAGGGAAAUCCUUCAGCACAGGAACCUCAUCCCCAAUCGGCCGCUGAAAAAUGUUGUGAAAAAACUUACAGUCGGGAAACUCCGUCUUCAUGAGGAAAAGGGGGCCGAAGGAAAGGGGAGGGUCUGCGAGAAGCACCUGGAGCCCCUGAAGCUCUUCUGCAAGAAGGACCAAAGCCCCAUCUGUGUGGUGUGUGACAGAUCCAAGGAGCACAAAAGCCACGAGGUGGUUCCUCUAGAGGAGGCGUCCCAGGAGUACAAGGAUCAGAUCAGCACCUGCCUAGACAACAUGAAGGAGGAGAGAGAAAAAUUUCUGGUGUUUAAAGCAGACGCAGAAAAGGAAAGUCAAGACCUGCUUAAACAAACAGGUGCAGAGAGGGAAAAGAUGGUGGCUGAGUUCAGGCGACUGCACCAGUUUCUGGAAGAACAGGAGAAACGUAUUCUGGCCCAGAUGGCGGAAGUGGAGAAGGAGAUUGCAGCCCAAAGGGAGGAGCACCUGGCCAGACUCUCCAGGGAACUCUCCUCUCUUGACAGCCUCAUCCGGGAGAUGGAGGAGAAGCUUCAGGAACCAGCGAGUGAACUCCUGCAGGAUAUUGGAAGCUUAUUGCAGAGGUCUCAGGAGAAGGAGAACUUAGAGGAUCCUCCUGUGGCUUUUCCUCCUGCUCUGAAGUGGAAGAUCUGGGACUUCAAAGAUAUAAAUCCCUUCCUGGAGGGAGUCAUGAAGAAAUUCAGAGACACUGCGGAAUCUGGACUUGAGCUGCAAGAAGAAAACAUAACUUUGGAUCCAGACACAGCAAAUCCCUGGCUCAUCCUGUCUGAGGAUCGAAAGAGCGUGAGAGAGGGAGAAGUGCGUCAAGGCCUGCCAGACAACCCUGAGAGAUUUGACAUACAUAGCUAUGUACUGGGAUGUCAGGGUUUCACAUCAGGCCGACAUUUCUGGGAAGUCGUUGUGGGGAGCGAGGGGGAAUGGGGUGGGGUGGCCAGAAAGUCUGUGAAGAGGAAGGGCAAGUUCUCUUUUGGUCCUAGUGAAGUCUGGGGUAUGGGAAAGUGGCGCGGUAGGUACAAGUUCUGCUCCCCCCGUAAGGAGCCCGAGAGGAUCCGAGUGGCCCUGAACUGUGAAGGGGGGUGGGUGUCCUUUUACGAUGCUGAUACAGCAGCCCUUCUCCAGUCAUACUCAGCAGCCUUCUUCUCAGGAGAAACCUUCCAGCCCUUGUUUUCUGUGUCUGCCAAAGGCCACUUAGCACUCUCUGAGGAUAGAGACAGACAAGCAGAUACAUAUCACCACAUCUUCGAUCUAAGUUCUCUCUUAUCUCAGAGGCACUACAAUCGAAACACACCCAUUUGCAGAAGGAAAAGCGAAAACGAAAUCAACUCUCUCUCCCUGGGGCGGUGGCCUUGGCUGCUUCUGGAGGUAGUGGAUCUCUGCGAGGAAGCCACUUGCCCCAUCUGCCUGGAGUAUUUCAGGGAUCCAGUGAUCAUUCAUGAAUGCGGGCACAACUUCUGCUGGUCCUGCCUGACCCAGUAUUGGGGGAAAUCCGAGGGAGAGGCUUCCUGCCCUCAGUACAGGGAAAGGGUGGAUCAAGGCAGCGUCAGGCCAAACCAGCAGCUGGCAAAUUUUGUGGAAAUAACCCAGAAAUUCAGGCUUCUGGGCAGAAAAAUGGAGGCCAAAGGAAAGGGGAGAGUUUGUGAGAAACACCAGGAGCCCCUGAAGCUCUUCUGCAAGGAGGACGAAAGCCCCAUCUGUCUGGUUUGUGACAGAGCCAAGGAGCACAAAAGCCACGAGGCGGUUCCUAUAGAGGAGGCGUCCCAGGAGUACAAGGAUCAGAUCAGCAGAUGCCUAGACAACGUGAGGAAGGAGAGAAAGAAAAUUCUGAUGUUUAAAGCAGAUGCAGAAAAGGAAAGCCAAGACCUGCUUAAGCAAAUGAAAGCAGAGAAGGGGAAGUUGGUGGCUGAGAUCAGGCAAAUGCACCAGUUUCUGGAAGAACAAGAGAAGCUUCUUCUGGCCCAGAUGGAAGAGGUGGAGAAGGAGAUUGCAAAGAAAAGGGAGGAGCACCUGGCCAGUCUCUCCAGGGAACUUUCCGCUUUUGAUAGUGCCAUUCGGGAGAUGGAGGAGAAGCUUCAGGAACCAGCGAGUGAACUCCUGCAGGAUAUCAGAAGCUUCUUGCAGAGGUCUCAGGAGAAGGAGAACUUAGAGGAUCCUCCUGUGGCUUUUCCUCCUGCCCUGAAGUGGAGGAUCUGGGACUUCGGAGAUAUAAAUCCCUUCCUGGAGGGAGUCAUGGAAAAAUUCAGAGACACCCUGAGAUCUGGACUUCAGCAGCGAAAAGAAAACAUAACUUUGGAUCCAGACACAGCAAAUCCCUGUCUCAUCCUGUCUGAGGAUCGAAAGAGCGUGAGAGAGGGAGAAGUGCGUCAAGACCUGUCAGACAACCCUGAGAGAUUUGACAGAUAUACCUAUGUGCUGGGAUGUGAGGGUUUCACAUCAGGCCGACAUUUCUGGGAAGUCGUUGUGAGAAGAGGGGAGGAAUGGGGGGUGGGGGUGGCCAGAAAGUCUGUGAAGAGGAAGGGUCUUUUCUCUUUUGGUAAUGGGAAAGGCAUCUGGUGUUUGGGGAAGUGGGGCGGUGGGUAUCAGAACUUUGUUCCAAGAGAGGAGCCCAAGUGGAUCCGAGUGACCCUGAACUGUGAAGGGGGACGGGUGUCCUUUUACGAUGCAGAUACAGCAGUCCUCCUCCACUCAUUCUCGGCAGCCUCCUUCUCAGGAGAGACCCUCCAGCCCUUCUUUUAUGUGGCUGCCAAAGGCCACCUGAAAAUCUCUUGAGUGUAGAGUGUAGAGACAGACUAGCUUCUCAGUUCGCCGCUUUUCCGUGCCAGCAAUCAUAAAUCAGCAGAGCGAUGCGCAACAUCAAACCGCUUCAAGAGCUUUGACCCAGACAACGAAGGCAAUAACUCACAGAGACAAUUAAGUACAGACAGUAAUAUUUCACUACCGGGUCAUAAAAGCUUAAUGGCUCCCAUUUACAGAGUUCGUCUGACUAAGAGUUUCUUCCUUAGAGUUUUCCAGACUUUGCUUUUUGUGACCCACAAUGCCCUGCUCUUCCCUCUCUGUCAGCUUGCCAGAUAAAUGCAUACUAAACACACUUUUCAUACAGCUGCUGUAAGAACAGAAGCAGCUCCUCUCACAGAUGCGGCCUUGACGAAAGAUAAACAUCCAUCUUUCUGACAGCUUCUAGCAGUUUUCGGAAUCUUCUGGAAUCUUCAAGAUCAUUCAGUUAGCUCUGGAAAGAAUGAAAGCUCACCCUCACCCCAACAACUCAUCGCCAUGAUGACAUUUCAGUCGUCUCAAUCAAAAUCCCUUUCCUUCAAUUUAUGUGGCGAUUCGGCAAAAUCUCCCUAUUCAAAGAGAUCCAAAAUUUGCGUGUGACUCACUUAUGUAUUAACAGCCUUGGGCACUUUGUUGAAACAAACAAAAAAUAGAAAGAAGGGGGAGACUGCGGGGUGGGACACUGUCAGAAGGGGCCGUGUAACAUGCCUGAACUAAUGUGGAAAUAUGUUUCAUGUGUUAACAUCUUUGAUUUUAUUAAAGAUACGGCUACU